AUGGGUAACAGCUAUUCACUCUCAACGCCGUACGCCGGCUCGGCUGGUAUCGACAUUCCGGAGCUGGCAGAUCUAGCACACGAGAGAUCGAUAGGCAACGCCCGGUUCAUGAAGAGCAUCCGCGCACGCCAUCGCGACGGAGUGGCUCUGGCAAAGGUCACCGUCAAGCCCUACAGCAACUGUUCCCUGCGCGAGUACGGCGAGAAGAUACUGCUGGAACGUGAGAAGUUAAAAGACGUACCAAACGCCCUCGGCUUCGAGCGCGCCUUCGAGACCGACACCAACGCCUACCUCGUCCGCCAGUACAUCUAUAGUUCGCUGUAUGAUCGCCUGUCCACAAGACCCUUUCUCGAAGACAUAGAGAAGAAAUGGUUGGCAUUUCAGUUGCUAUGCGCUUUGCGCGACUGCCACGCCCGGGAAAUAUACCACGGCGACAUCAAGACGGAGAAUGUCAUGGUGACCUCUUGGAACUGGCUAUACCUCACCGACUUUACCGGUUCUUUCAAACCAACGAAGCUUCCCGACAAUAACCCUGGGACAUACUCGUACUUCUUCGACCUAUCCGGCCGGAGGACUUGUUAUCUCGCGCCUGAGAGGUUUGUGGAGCAUAUCCAGAAUGCGCAAGAGCUGGAGGGACACGAUCUGACGUGGUCGAUGGAUAUCUUCAGCGCUGGCUGCGUUAUCGCCGAGCUCUUCCUGGAAACGCCAAUCUUCAGUCUAAGCCAAACGUUCAAGUACCGCCGCGGCGAAUACGAUCCUGUCAUAUCACACCUGAGCAGAAUACCCGACCAAGGGUUGCGCGAAAUGCUGUCCAGCAUGAUACAGCGGGAUCCUCAGAAGCGAUACUCGGCCGAGCAGUAUCUAGACUUCUACAAAAGCAAGGUGUUUCCGGGAUAUUUCUACAGCUUCCUCCACCAGUACAUGGAGCUCAUCACCGAUCCCAGUUCCGGGAGAGCCCCCAUCACGGGUUCUGGCAAGAACCCCCAGAACCUGGGCGAAGCAGAUGAUCGAAUAGACCGGGUGUUCUACGACUUUGACAAGAUUGCCUACUUCCUGGGCUAUCAUGAUAAUAAGAAGAAAUCAGAACUUGCCCAUUUCGCACCCAGGCUUGGCCUUGGCUUAUUCCCCGUACGAUUGAACAUACCGAAUAACGAACACUUUACCACUGUUGGGGCGCAGGAUCCGACAGAUGAUGGGACUUUGAUCUUCCUCACUUUAGUCGCAGGUUCUCUUAGGAACACUGCCCGUUCCGCUUCCAAGAUCAGAGCAUGUGAUUUGUUAUUGGCUUUUGCGGAAAGGUUGACCGAUGAGGCAAAACUGGAUCGAGUCUUGCCGUACUUGAUGACCAUGAUGAACGACGAAGUCGACCUCGUUGCAAUCGCGGCUCUGAGGUCCGUGACUCAGCUUUUAGCAUUGGUCAUGAUUGUCAGCCCUGUCAACGCCCAUGUGUUUCCUGAAUACAUCAUGCCCAGGAUGCAGGUAUUCCUGUCAGGUGCAUCCAGGCAACUCAUCAUGGGAAAGGAACGCAGAGAACCAAGUGCGCUGGUUCGUGCAACCUACGCAUCGUGCCUGGGCAGCCUUGCAACCACAGCAUCGAGGUUCCUGGAGCUGACGGCCAUCCUUAGAGCGGAGGGAUCGAUCAGCACAGCGGACCCUGAAGUGGAAGGCGGAAGCGAGGCCGAUGCUGCCUUUGAUCACUUAUUCGAUAACACGCAAGGGGAGCUGGUCGACCUGUUCGAGAACCACGCCAAAGCGUUGGUUGAGGACUCUGACGCGUCUGUUCGCCGGGCUUUCCUCACUUCAGUCCCAGAAUUAUGCAUGUUCUUCGGCAGUGCCGAGUCAAACGACAUCUUGCUCACGCAUCUCAAUACCUACCUGAACGACCGUGACUGGAUGCUGAAAUGUGCCUUUUUCGACACAAUCGUCGGGAUCGCGGCCUUCCUUGGUAGCACAAGCUUGGAAGAAUUCAGUCUUCCACUGAUGGUACAAGCGGUCACAGACCCUGAAGAGCAUGUCGUACAAGCAGCUUUACACUCCUUGGCCGAGCUCGCAAAACUGGGCCUCCUGUCCAAGGCGAAAACGUGGGAGCUGAUCGACGUGGUUGGCCGAUUCACAAUGCAUCCGAACCUUUGGAUCAGAGAAUCAGCGGCCGAGUAUAUAUCCAGCGCCGCAAAGCUGCUGUCACCUGCUGACAUACGAUGUAUCGUCUUACCGCUCGUCAGGUCGUUCCUGAAACCUGCCAUCAUUCCUGACUUCUCCGAGCUGGCCUUACUGGAUGCGUUGAAGAAGCCAAUGUCGAGGACAGUGUUCGACUUGGCGCUGUCUUGGGCACAAAAAACCGACAAGGGGCUGUUCUGGAAAGCCGUCAGGCAGCAGAAGCAGUCAACAUUUACGAUUGCGUCUACGGCACUGGCUAUUCGUUCAUCUCGGGAGCUACAGCCUCAGACGCUCAAUAAAGUGCCUCGAAACGACGAGGAUGAGCAGUGGCUUUCGCGACUGCGAAAUAUGGGAAUGGCCACCGAAGAUGAGUUCAAGCUCCUUGUUCUCAGGGAAUUCAUCUGGCGUUUGAGUCAGAUGAAGAAUCGUGACCUCAAUGCGCAGGAUAAUAUAACUACGACUCUCAACGAGAUCAUCGAGUUGCGAAGCUUGAAUGUCAAGAUGCAGACGAUCAUGUUCGACGAGAGUGCCGGACUCGAGGAGCAGAGAUGGCGACAGCAGCAAGAGCCGGAGACCGAUAAGGGGCCAUAUACCAUUGCUGACGCGCUAAUGGAUGCAUCUAUGACAAUUGAUGGACCUGUUGGACGGAGACGGCGCGCUGCUAUGAAUAGUCAUCGGUCACGAAUGAGCCAAGGGGGCACAGUUUCGCCGAGGACAAGGGACAACAGGGGAUUGUCACCGGUACACACAGCGCCAUCAUCACCACUAGACGGACGCGCGGGCUCUGAUGCCUCGCGGAGGGCUUCGUCAGUCACACGAGGGCAAAAGUCUCAGGAUGAUGACGCCUCGGUUUCGGAUGCACCAUACGCCUCAAGAAGGACUAUCCGACACCAGGCGAGCGCACUCGAUCUGCUGAACAGGAAGGAUAGUGGAAGAUCCACUGCAGAAACAGGAACGACCGAGGCGAAUGCGUUCGGCCAAGUAGAAGGGCCUUUUGCACAGAACCCGCCUCCGCAAAUAAUCAUUGCUGGAGAUGCUGGGGAGGACGGCAAGUCAGACACGAGAGAACGCCCAGCACAUACAUAUGAGGGUAGUGACCCGAACAUACUCAAGAUGCUUGACAACAUGUACGUCGAUAAUUAUCCCCAUGAUAUCGCGGAAUUCGGACCUCUCGUCUCGCCAGUGACGAGAAGGAAGGCCAGCAAAGCCGCAGGCCAGUUGAGCGAAGAAGCUUGGAAGCCGGGUGGCAGGCUGGUUGCUACGUUUUCCGAGCAUAUUGGGGCUAUCAACCGCGUCAUCCCGUCUCCAGACCAUCAGUUCUUCAUCACAGGAGGCGAUGAUGGUUGUGUGAAGGUAUGGGACUCAUCACGGCUUGAACGCAAUGUAACACAUCGCGCGAGGCAAACGCACAAGCAUCCACCGGGUGCGAAAGUCGUUGCCCUUUGCUUCAUCGAGAACACGCAUACGUUCGUCAGCUGCGCCACUGAUGGCAGGGUUCACAUCGUCAAAGUUGACACUGCGGUCUCGAGCGGAGCUACCAAGUACAUCAGACUACGCCUACUUCGAGAGUACCAACUCCCGACGGACGAGUACGCUGUUUGGUGCGAGCAUUUCAAACAUGAGCUGAGCUCUGUCCUCAUCGUGGCGACGAAUCGCUCACGUGUCUUGGCCAUGGACCUUCGCACGAUGACGCUAUUGUAUGUGCUUGAGAAUCCCGUACAUCACGGCACACCAACGUGCUUCUGCAUUGAUCGAAAACGGAAUUGGUUGUUGCUCGGCACAUCGCACGGUGUCCUGGAUUUGUGGGAUUUGCGCUUCAAGAUGCGCCUCAAAGGCUGGGGCAUACCGGGCAAGUCAGCCAUCUACCGCCUAAGCCUACACCCGGUCAAGGGCCGCGGGAAGUGGGUGUGCGUAGCAGGGGGCACCGGCCUGGGAGAGGUGACGGUCUGGGACCUCGAAAAGACACAAUGCCGCGAGAUCUACCGCGCCGGCGGGGCCCGGGAGGGACCCAAAGAGUACAAAGCCUGGGACGUGGACGAGGAUAAGCCCGAGGGCAUGCUGGGCCACUUCGCGACAAACGGCCUUGAACCGGCGGCAGCCAGCGCCAAUGUGGACCGCGGCGUGCGCGCCAUGGUCGUCGGCGCGGGAACCAUGGAGGACCAGCGCGACGUCCGCUACGGCUACAUCCUGACGGGCGGCUCGGACAAGAAGCUCCGCUUCUGGGACCUGAUCCGCAUCGAGAACUCGUGCGUCUUCAGCGGUCUGCAGGGCGAGGACGCCAGGCCCAUCUUCGCCACCGCCAACACGCCCACGCAGCCAGGCCUGACGCUCAACGUCGAGCGGCUGCCCAAGAGCGCGGAUCAGAAGAGCGGUGGGAAGAACGGGAAGCCCGCAGAAGCAGGUGGUAGCAGCGGCAGGGAGAAGCCGCCGCGCCACACGGUCAUCUCGGCCGAGCAGGGCCAGCUGCUUAGGAGCCACCUGGACUCGGUCCUCGACGUGGCGGUGCUCGAGCUGCCGUACACCAUGACCGUCAGCGUCGACCGGUCCGGCGUCAUCUUCGUCUUCCAGUAA